AUGAGUAAUUCCAAAUAUAGACCAGGGCAACAAAAGUAUACAGCAGUACAUAAAAAAUUAGCAAAAAGAAAUGUCCAAGUGGGUUCAUUGACGUGUCCGGUUUGCGAGUGGUGCGCCGAAUCUACGGAGCAUGUGUUCACGGGAUGUUCUCUGGCCGUAGAGGUUUGGGCUGCGGUAGGUCAAUGGUGUCGUUUAAGUCCAGUUUUGGCUUUCGGGGUUAAAGAGCUUUUGGAGAUUUUUAAAGAAGCCGCAGGAAGCAAAUGGGGUAAAAAUAUAAUUCAUGGUAUCAUUAUGGUUUCUUGUUGGUGCAUUUGGUUAGCGAGGAAUGAGAAGAUCUUUCAAGAUAAGGUCAUUUCGGGAAGAGUAGUUAUGGCUAAUAUCAAAAGGUUGUCGGUUUUUUGGUUAAAUCAUAGAUCUAAGUAUAAGGAGUUGUCAUGGGAUAGUUGGAUCAAGUACCCGUUGUAUGUGAUGUAA